CUUCAUGGUCGAGAAAUAGAGUGAUGGGAUGAUUUUUGAUGGCGGAAACACAGGGGAAGAAGAGAAAAAUGGCGGGUAGAAGAGGGGAGGGGGAUUCCAAGAAAACAACCCCAACAACGAAUUGGCCAGCCAUUAAACCCAAGCAGAAUCUUCAGAUCGUCCGCCUCAAAGAAAAUGAUCUCUUCACGGUGCCAAGUUUUCUCACAUCUGUUGAGUCAAAAGGAUUCAUCACGAUUGCAGAAUCGAUGGGUUUUGUUCAUCAGGGGAGCCUUGGUCCCACGAAAGGAGAAGCUUUCAGAGAUAAUGAUCGGAUCUCGGUGAAUGAUCCCGAUUUAGCAGACACCAUUUGGCGUUCGGGACUUGAUAAACUAUUUGCUGAUAUUAAAAUACGGGGAAAAGUUGCUGUUGGGUUGAAUCCAAAUAUCAGAUUUUACAGAUACAAUGUUGGUCAACGCUUCGGACGCCAUAUUGAUGAAAGUGUUGAUCUUGGAGGGGGAAAGCGCACAUAUUACACUUUGUUAAUAUAUUUAAGUGGAGGUUCUAAAGGCAAAACAAAAAACGAUACCAACGAUUCAAAAGGUCCUUCUUCCGAGCCUCUGGUUGGAGGGGAAACCGUUUUCUAUGGUUCAAGGAAUGGCGUUGUGGCCGAGGUGGCUCCUACUGAAGGGAUGGCUCUCCUGCACCUUCAUGGGGACAAGUGUUUGUUGCAUGAAGCUCGCAAUGUUACGAAGGGUAUCAAAUACAUUUUCCGUUCAGAUGUCACAUUUUGUUGAUGAUAAGUUUAGGUUGGAGGUCUGCUCGACAGAAAAUCAUUGGAAUUACCUAAAUGUGAUUAAGAUGUGCUAUUGACUUGGUUGUUUAUAUCUCUUGGGAUGUCGUGACAACCAAAAACAGGUCUCUAAGGUAGCCUCAUUUUAUUCAAUGACUAAACAACACAUUUUAUUUGUUACCCGAGCUCAUCUAUGGCCGAUUUUUUGGGGCUGGGCUGGUUCCUAAAUAGCUCAAGAAAGUCAGUGUAUCUCUGGUGAAAUGGAGUUCUUAGUUUCAUAAGUUGUACUACAAGGCGACUAGACGACAUUCUACUUGCAUAUGUGAUAUGCCACUCUGAUAUGUAUUGUUAUGUUUACAUUCCUCGCAGUUGUGUUCUGACCAAAGGAAUUUAAUUUUAUAAACUUGAUUUUUUAUUUUUUAA